GGAUUUGGUCCAAAAAGGACCUCUUUUUCUCUCCACCUCGUCGUCGUCUUUAAUUUUCUCGCCCAUUUUGGCUUUCGCCCACCUACUGUCUGUCUCCUCCCACCGCGCCCCAAGAAGCGAUUCGAACGAACGAAUCACCUCCUACGAAUUCCGCCGAAAUCCCCACAGGUUUCCGCAGGAAUCCGUCCAUCUCGCACCCUUUCGCUUCUCCCCCGGGCCAAUCCGUGCGGGAAUUCGUGAAAAGCCGCAAUUUUCAUGCCUUUUUCCCCCUUUAGCUUUCGACCCCUUUUCCUUUUUGAGUCCGCCGGCCCGGUUCUUUAUCGGUGUUCCUGAUUGCGUUUCUCGUCGAAAGGCGCGGUUUUGGGAGAGUCUCGAUAACGGAUUCAGCUCCGGAGGCAUCGAUUUGAUCCCAGGGUGCGGUUUUCCUCCGAUUUCGUUUCAUGGUAUGUGCGGAAAUUUUCUUUUCAGCUUCUUACGGUGUUUAAUUUGAUCGGGUAAAGAAAAUAUGGAUUUGGGGAGACUUCUUUAGUGCGGUUCUGAUCGGGGACUUGUUCGGGCAAUCCAUAAUGAUUAAGCAAAUCUUCGGCCGGCUUCCCAAGAAGGCGGCCAAGUCCGGCGAGAAGGAUUUGGCCGGAGCUGGCUCGUCGCUGCCCAGCCUGACGUCUGAUGCAAGAACCACGACAGAUUUGACUAUGUCUAGUAGGAUUGUCAAUCCGAACAAUUAUACCUCCACGGUCACAAAUCCUGGCCAGAAUUCCGCUGUCAAGAACUUCAGUGCUGGUGCCGGUGUCAGUAAUGGAUUCACGGCCUCGACCGGGUAUGAGACUCUUCCGAGCUUCCGGGACGUGCCAGCUUUGGAGAAGCCCGGUCUGUUCGUCAGGAAGCUGGCCAUGUGCUGUGUGGUGUUUGACUUCAUAGACCCGACAAAGGAUGUGAAGGAGAAGGAGAUCAAGAGGCAAAUGUUGCUUGAGAUGGUGGAUUACAUCACCUCAGCCACCGGGAAAUUCCCAGAGCCCGUAGUGCAGGAGGUCAUCAAGAUGGUGUCUAUAAACUUGUUCCGGGCCCCAACCCCUUCUCCAAGGGAGAACAAGUUGCUUGAGUCGUUUGAUAUGGAGGAGGAAGAGCCUGUCAUGGACCCGUCAUGGCCGCACUUGCAGAUUGUGUAUGAACUGUUCUUAAGAUUUAUUCAAUCACCUGAAACGGACACGAAGCUGGUCAAGAGAUACGUUGAUCACGGUUUCAUUACCAGGCUUCUUGAUCUCUUUGACUCGGAGGAUCCUAGGGAGAGGGAGUAUUUGAAGACUAUACUUCACAGGAUAUAUGGGAAGUUCAUGGUGCAUCGGCCAUUCAUCAGGAAGGCAAUUAAUAAUAUCUUCUACAGGUUCAUAUUCGAGACAGAAAAGCAUAAUGGCAUUGCAGAGCUGUUAGAGAUUUUGGGGAGUAUAAUUAAUGGUUUUGCUUUGCCGCUCAAGGAAGAGCACAAAUUGUUUUUAGUCCGAGCACUGAUUCCACUCCACAAACCAAAAUGCGUUAGCAUGUAUCAUCAGCAACUGUCAUACUGUGUCACUCAGUUUGUUGAGAAAGAUUGCAAGCUUGCUGAUAUUGUCAUAAGGGGUUUACUGAAGUAUUGGCCCAUCACGAACAGCGCAAAGGAGGUGAUGUUUUUGGGUGAGUUAGAGGAGGUACUGGAAGCUACUCAACCAGCAGAAUUCCAGAGGUGUAUGGUGCCACUUUUUCGUCAGAUCGUCCGCUGUUUAAGCAGUUCUCACUUUCAGGUGGCGGAGAGAGCUCUCUUUCUAUGGAACAACGAUCAUAUUGAGGGUUUGAUCAAGCAGAACAGCAAGGUGAUACUGCCCAUAAUCGUUCCCGCGUUAGAACGAAAUACAAAAGGCCACUGGAGCCAGGCAGUUCAAAGCUUGAGUCUAAAUGUUUGCAAAAUAUUCAUGGACCAUGACCCCACAUUGUUUGAGGAUUGCCGCAAGAAGUUUGAGGAAUAUGAAGCUCAAGAAGCUAGCGUGAGGUCAAAACGUGAGGCUAGAUGGAAGCGCCUAGAAGAAGUUGCCUUGUCAAAAUCUACUCAGUGGAGCAGUACAUCUUCCUGAGGCUAUAGUUCAUCAGCAGAGUUCCUCUGUCUAGUCUUGCUGACUGCAUAUGACCAGCUCUUUCUCAUGGGAUCAAAUUAGAUAGCUGAUGUAAUGCUCACGGAUGGCUGGUUGCCUCUUGCUACCUGUCCCCGAACAUUUUAUUCUAUUUUAUUUAAGUACCAGGCCCCCUUCCCGGAGCCUUCACGGAGGCUAUUUGACAAGGAAUGUGCGGCGCCUACUGAGCGAUCUUGCCACUGGACACCAUGUAUGUCCACUCAUCAUAAUAUUUGUUUCGUCAUCAGAGGACAAAGGAAAGGAGGCAAAUGAUCCGUCCCGGUUUCCUGAGAUGCACGAGCUCCGUGUUAAUGUGUAGCCUGCAGCUCAGUGUCCUGAUCUGAGUACGGUUAGGUGCACUUGAAAGAUCAGCAAGUGAGGUAGCACUUGCACUUGUUGAUGGUGAUUUUGUUGAACUGUAACAUGCUUUAUGUAUGAAUUGUAACUUGAAGCCAUGUUGCGAUAAUAUGUAAUCUGGGUGUACAUGUGUUCGCUUCUGUCGAUGUAUACAGAAAUCUGGAAUGAGCAAUGCUGAUUGCUUGCUGUUUUAUCAAAAUUUGGUAUCCUGAA